UUAUUAUCUGUGAUUAGCAUUAGAAGUAAAAAUUUAUGAUAAAAUUGGUAAAUCGUAAUCGUAGAACAAUUAACGAACUUAAGAAUACAAGAGCAAAUAAUUUGGUGUCUAAGUGAUCAAUCAAUCUCUACAAAAUGUUAAUGGCGCUACCGCUUGUCGGGUUCAUGUGUAUAGGGGCUGUAAUAUGCGUCUCCAACCCCGUCGAAGAAGAGCUCGGGAGCGGCCGAUACGUGAUCGAAGGGCGAGUGUUCCCCGCGGACGAGCCUAACGUAGGCACCUGGCAGGUGGACACGCGCAUCCACGUCAAUGGAGGAGAGUACAUCGGCUUUUUACGUGACGACGGCUCGUUUAUCAUACACAAUGUACCUUCGGGCUCCUAUAUCGUCGAAGCCGUCCACCCGGACUACAUGUACGAGCCCGUGCGCGUUGAAAUCAACUCUAAAGGCAAGUACCGCGCCAGGAAAGUCAAUUUCGUGCAAACUUCACAAAUAAUACAAGUGCCUUAUCCAUUGAGGAUGAAGGUAAUAUCCAAAUUCAGAUAUUUCCAAGUCCGUGAACAAUGGAGGCUGACCGACUUCCUGUUCAAUCCUAUGGUCAUCAUGAUGGUUCUCCCGCUCCUGCUGAUCAUGGUUCUGCCUAAAAUGAUGAAUGAUCCGGAGACCAAAGAAGACUUGAAGCAGAUUAGUAAUUUGGCGAAGAUGGGUGAAAUGCCGGAGAUGUCUGAAAUGUUUACCAACUUGUUUAGUGGAGGUGCCCCGAAACCUACUGCUAAGGCUAAGCAGAUUAAGAAGAGACAAUAGGUUAAUUAAAUAGUUAGUUAAUUAAUUAAUCAUGAAUCAUUGUGUAGUUUUCUUGCUUAAUAAAAUAGUAAUCAUUUUAAAA